AUGGCACCAUCUGCACCGCAAUUCCUUCGCAAGCGUGCUAGCAGCAACAGCCUUGCGACGAGCAAAUUUCGCAGCUCGGUCGCUUCAUUGACCAGCAGGGCUUCCCGAGACCGUUUCGAUUCUUGGCCUUCUUCUCCCCUCUCUGCAGGUCCUCCUUCUCCAUCGCUCAGCCGCAAAGAAUCGGCUACGCCCGUCAGUGUCUCAGCUGUGGAACUAUUCGGAGGUGCGCCGCUGCAAACCACCCUCAGUCCCAUCGGAGGCGCUUCCGACUUGGAUCCCGACUUCGGCUCUUCCUACGAGGGACCAGCUGCACACUACUUUCCAUCGGAGCGGGCCGCUGACUCCUCUCCCGCUGCUGCUUCGUCCACAACCGGAUCGUCCACUGCUGCCUCCUCGAUCCCUCAAGUCGCAGUGCAGCAGAGCGCUCCACCCGAAAUUACAGUGAUGAACUCGGCUUAUCACAAGACCAACGCGCAAGAAGGCGCUUGGCUCGGUGGUGCGGCAGAUCACAGCAAUGUCAGCCCCCAUCGCCUGAGCCCUGGCGUUCCCAAUGUCACCGAUCUCGGCACCUCGCCCGACAAUCGAUCCGACAUGUCGAAUGAAGCUCAGUUCCAUCACAAUGAUGCACUCAACGACGCCUUCUCGGAUGUCUCGGCGACAGGCUACGAGAACACUCACCUGUAUACAGAUGGCGUCAGCAUGUCCGAUCUUGAUCACCUGGAUGCGCGUCCCUCCAACCAGUCAAAAGCGUACGAAGUCUCUUCAGCCCUUGCAACACCAACACUAGCCGAACACGCUGUUUACGAAGAUGCUAGAGGCUACGUCAAUGCAGCAGACGCAUCCUCUACCGAUGUCGGCUCCACGGCUCGCUACAGCACCCAAAGCGCAUCUUCGCAUCCCGGCAUGACCAACUCCAGCAGCUUUGCGGACAGCAUCAUUCCUUCUGGCAACACAACAAGCACCUUCAACCAGCUGCCCACCGCCAGUCUAUCCACCCGCGAUGCCGCUGCCAUGGCACCCAACAAUGGCCCGACCAUGGAAGAGAUCGUCCCCACCAGCUUCGACGAAGGCGUUCUCCGCUCCCUUUGCGACAUCGACUGCGGCAUGCCUCUUCUCUUCGACCGCAUCAAGCAGAGCAUGGUUUCGGCCAGAGAAGCGUCCGUCUUCCUCAAGAAACGCGCCAUUAUCGAGGAAGAAUACGCGCGCAGCAUGGUCAAGCUCGCGCGCUCCACCUUUGAGACCUAUUCGCUCAGCGACGCCAAGGCGGGUUCGUUCGUCAAGUCGUGGCAUUCCAUCGUCAAGACGCACGAGACGCUCGCCGACAACCGCCUGCGAUUCGCGACCAAACUCAACGAGAUGAGCGAUGAGCUGUCCAACUUGGCCAAGGAGGUGGACAAGAGUCGCAAGCAGGCGAGGGAGACGGGAUCGCGGUUGGAGAAGAACCUGCAGGAUGCCGAGGCAGGGGUGGAGAAGGCGAGAGGUCGGUUCGAUACGGCGGCAGAGGAUCUGGAGCGGUUGCUGCUGAUGAAGUCGGGCGAGUCGGCCAAGUCCGGUGAGAUUCAGUCGAGCGGCGGUGGCGGUGUCAGCAGCGGCAAGCGCACGCUCGGAAAAGCAAUCGGGAAAAGCGGGUUGCUGUUCAAGAACAAGAACCCGCAACAAAUUCUCAAGCAGGAGGAGGAGAUCCGCGCGCGAACAAGCACAGCCAGCGACGCCUUCCGCAGAGAGGUGCUGAGCACCCAAGGCGUGCGCCAAGAGUAUUUCAACCUCCAACUACCUCGCAUCCUGCGCACGCUCAAGGAGAAUGCCGAAGAGAUCGAUAACGGAACGCAGUACCACCUGGCGCGGUACGCUUUCCUAUUCGAGAGCACAGUGCUCAACGACGGCAUGGCGAUCUCGCCGGCUGGCGCUGAUGUUACUGCCAGCAGCGGUCUAAAGGGUGCCGUGGAGACCAUCGACAACCGCGCGGAUUUCAAGCAGUACAUGGCCAACUACCAAGUCGCGCACGGUCGCGACUACAAGGGACCGCGCCGAGAAGGACCCUACGAAGAAGGCUUCCUCACCGCCCCUGGCUCCGCGAAACCUGCCGCCGCUGCGGGUACGCUUCCUCGCACACCCACCGCGUCGGACCGCCCAAUCUUCGGCAUCGAUCUAGCCGAGCAGAUGGCGAGGGACGUAGUCGAAAUUCCGCCCAUCCUCGAAAAGUGCGCUUCAGCGAUCGAAGAUAUCGGCAUCGAGAACAUGGGCAUCUACCGUCUCUCGGGCACGACCUCCAAAGUACAACGGCUGAAAGCCAAAUUCGAUCAGGACUGGUCCGCUGUCGAUCUGACGGAGGACGAAGCGCUGCAAGACAUCAACAUUGUGGCAGGGUGUCUCAAGCUCUGGUUCCGCGAGCUACCGGAACCGUUGCUGACGCACGAGCUCUACGCCGGGUUCAUCGAGGCUGCCAAGAUCGACAACGAUCGAUUGCGACACAUCCGCCUGCACGAACGCGUCAACGAGCUACCCGAUGCCAACUAUGCCACGCUGAAAUACCUCAUGGGGCACUUGGACAGGGUCAAGAGCCUGGAGCAUCUCAACCAGAUGAGCGCGAGCAAUCUGGCCAUUGUUUUUGGUCCAACGCUGCUCAGCCCCCCAACGAUGGGAGAGGAUGGGUUGGGGAAUGGCAUUCAGAUCCACGAUAUGAGCUUCCAGUGUCGUGCGGUCGAGACGAUUCUGGACAAGUACAGGGAGAUCUUUGUCGACGAGGGAGAGGAGUAG